AUGCCGAUCUCCGCCGGCAUCCGCGCGCCGCCGCAAGGGGCGUCCGUGUACGUCCCCGGGAGCCGGCUCCUCCGCGUCCCCGUUCCUCAACUGGCGGCGGGCGGCGUCCGGCGCAGGAGGCUCGGGGUCGUGGUGGCGGCGGCCUCCUCCGCGGCGUCGCCGGACGAGCUCCACGCGCGCGGGAGGCAUCUCCACGGGUUCCCCGAGAAAUCUUUACUUUGGAACUUGAUAAAAGAUGUAGAACCUUUGGAUCUAAGUGUAGUCCAGAGAGAUGUUCCUCCUGAAACUGUGGAUGCAAUGAAGAGGACUGUUUCGGGCAUGUUGGGUCUGCUUCCGUCUGAUCAGUUCCGUGUUGUCGUGGAGGCCCUUUGGGAUCCCUUCUUCAAGUUGGUGAUAUCUUCAAUAAAGACAGGGUACACUCUAUCUAAUGCUGAAUACAGGCUCUCCCUUGAAAGAAUCCUAGAGUUGUCUGAUGAUGAAACUGAGUGCAAGGAAAGAGAUAGCACUGAAUAUAGUCACAGUGACCUCGGUUUGGGAGGAUCUAUUUUGAGAUUAUCAGAAGAUGAUGAAGCGACUAAUGAAUCAGAAAAGAGGGAUGACAAUUUAUUAUCAGAAAAUAUGGAUGGAUUAGAUAGCUUAAACGCUCAAGCAAAAAAACAUAUUCUCCAAUUGCAAUCUCGCUUGGAUUCUAUGGAAAGGGAGCUACAUGAACUCAAGAAGAAAAAUUCUUCCCUGCAAAUGCAACAGUUUGCUGGAGAAGAAAAAAAUGAGUUACUGGACUACUUGAGAUCAUUAUCACCUGACACGGUUAUCGAACUCUCGGAACCUUCCUGCCCUGGUGUGCAGGAAGCUAUUCAUUCCGUGGUACAUGGUCUUCUAGCAACUCUCUCCCCCAAAAUGCAUGCGAAGCCCCCUCCACCAUCAGAGAACAUGGCUGGUGGAACCCUGAAUUACGGGAAUGGGGAUGAUGACCGUGCUGAACUCGUGGAGGAUGUAUCGAUCCCAUUUCAGCCCCUCAUAUCUAUUCCUCGGGAUCAUCUUGCGCGUCUAUUAUUCUGGUGUAUGCUGCUGGGCCACUACAUCCGAGGCCUCGAGCGCCGGUUAGAGCUUUCACAGCUCCUGGAAAUGCCAAGUGACAUGAGGUUGUGA